AUGGAAACAGCCCAAGUCAAAGAACUUAUUCAGCGUUGGCGCGCGCUUAAUUCAGACCUAAAGACCAAAAAUAAAGAACUCGAAGAAGCGCGAGACUCCUUACGUAUUUACGAUAUCGAGCAUUCUAAAUCAAAACAAGAAUGGUACCUUGAGAAGGAAAAGCUUCGGAAUACCAUCAACGCGGUUCUUGCGGAUGUAACUAGCAAGAAGGCAGAGCUUCAGGCCAUCGAGAACGAAACUACCGAGCUCCGACGUAAAGUAGAGGAGCGACGACGGCGCAAUGAGGAACACCUUAAGGUUCUCACCAAAAGGAAAAAUACCGUGUUGGAUCAGUUAAAGGAGGCUGAAAAGCGGGAUUCCGGCAUCAAAAGUCGGCUUUCAGAGUUCCAAGCGAACCGUGCGGCGUCUAAGGAACAUCUGCUUGCCACCCUCCAAAGGGUUGAGGAGAGCCUUCCACAGGAGCGCGACACACAUGAACAGAAGGUUUCUCAACUCAAGAGCAAAAUUGCCGAGACAGAGGCCGCAAUGGAAGUAGAGGCGAAGUCUUGGGCGCUUGAACAGGCCCUGCGCGCCUGGAAUGAGGCCACUAGGGCCCAUAAAUGGCUCCUAGAAGAAAUCACCGCGACGGAAAGCGGUAAGGAUACUUGGGCAAAUUUGAUUCAAGAGGCCGAUGCACUCAACCCGAGCGAAAGUUUGGCUACGCUACGUGAGCUACGUGCACUAUUGUCUGUGUGA